AAAGCAAUUAAGUGUUUGCCGAAGUGAAAAAGGACCUUUAUCUCAUUAGGGUUCCCUUACAUGAGAUUAGUAUAGACCGUUUUUAUAUUGGCUUUGUUUUUUUUGUUUAAUUAGUUCCUUCGAUCAGAGGUGUUCAGGAUGUCGAAGAAAAAGCCAGUGUCGGCCGACGUGUCCGACCAGGAACUUCUCCACAGCAAGCUGUUUUUUGGGUCCAAUCAGCCCCUGAAUCCAGAGAUGUUGAAGCAACACUUUUCAAGAUACGGGACGGUGCUGGAAGUGUACUUGAGGCCGGAAACAGGGACCUCUGGAAACGUCACGUUUUACGAGAUGGCUCAGCCGGCUAAGUUGCUGAAGGAGCACAAGUACAUGGAGCUGCCAGACGGGUCGUCGCUGGAGAUCAAGGAGUGGUCGUCUCGGUCCGACCUGAAGAUGAAGGACAUUGCCCACGUGAAGGAGCUGCGCUCGGAAGUGAACGUGCAACACAGGAAGCCCGGACACGAGGCGCCGAGUGGGACGCAGGCGAUAGAGGUGCAGGAGUUGUCGGUGCCGAAGAACGUGGCGCUGCUGUCUAAGACGAGGUUCAAGUUGCGCCUGAAGAACAAGUCGCCCAACGGCAAGGCGCUGCAGAGGAUGCAGUGUCCCAAGGAGGUCAGUUACGUGUCGAACGGGUCGAGGGGCUUGACAGCCUCCGCGCCCUCCACUUGGGGAGGCGAGUCGAAGAGGGUGUACGGCUUCGGCUCCCCCGGCUUGUCGAUUAGAGAGAGGGGACACGCGGACAUGGAGUUCGAGUUCGACGGCUCGGAAACGAAGGAGCGCGUCCACCGCCUGUCGUUCGUGUUCGAGUUUGGGGGCCACCAAAGCGUCACACACACAGUUACGAUAAAGGCGUCACAGGACUCGGACCAGCCGAAGUUCGACGGCGACGCUGCCGAGGGCGCCAAGCGCCAGGUGGUGCCCGCGUUUCCCGAGGGUCGGCAGAGCCGCGUCCGCCGCUGGAACCAGACCUUCGCCCUCGGCAACGAGGAGAAGGACAGCGCCUACGGCCUGCCCCCCGACAUCGUCAAGGACGUCGAGGAAGUCGGCCGCUCCAAGAAAAUCAACCCCUGGAACCUCAGGGACAACUACAAGUCCAAGAUGCACAGCCUCCUCUUCGUCGAGGAGGCCGAGCAGAGAAAGCUCAUCAGAGAGUACGACAUGCCCAGCGUCGAAUUCCAGCACGUCGAUUCCUACUUUAUUAGAGACACCGAGUACUUCGUCGACCCCCUCGAGCCCAUGCUCCGCCUCAGGGUCCCCGGACUCGCCGAAAAGCGCCCCUCCCUUCUCGCCGGAGACCUCGUCUACGCCUGGGUCCCCGGCACCUCCGACGUCGAGUACGAGGGCUACAUCCACCUCAUCGAAAUGGACAGCAUCUUGGUCAUGUUCGCCCUUUCGUUCCACAACUCUAUUUAUAGACCCGGCGCCAAAUAUAGCGUCCGAUUCACCUUCAACCGCCACAGCUGGCUCAUCAGCCACUGGGCGCUCAAGCACGUCGACCUCGACGUCGUGUGGCCCGAGCACGCCGCGCCGGCCUACGAUCGCCCGCCGGUCGUCCCGGUCGAGAAGCUCUCUCUCUACGACAAGACCAUUCAGGAGAAUCCCAAGCAGCUUUUGGCGCUCCACGUCGCGCUCAACCGACACUAUUGCAAGCACAAGCUCCCCUUUCUGCUCUUUGGCCCCUUCGGCACGGGCAAGACCAAGACUCUCGUCGAGCUCCUGCACCAGAUCCUCCAGCACAUUCCCGACGCCAGGGUGCUCAUAUGCGCGCCCUCCAACUCCGCCGUCGACGUCUUCGCCGUCAACCUCGUCCGCGCGCCCCUCGCCCGUCGCGGGCGACCCAGGCGCUCUUCAGGCUCUACGCGCCGCACCGCAGUCUCCAGAUGGUCCCGCAGGAGAUCCUGCAGUACGUCUGCUACAGCCACGACAAGAAGCAGUUCGAGGUCCCCCCGCUCGCCAAGCUCAAGUCGUACAAGAUCAUCGCCUCCACCUGCAUCUCCGCCUCCGCGCUCCACGUCGCCGGCAUCCAGCCGGGACACUUCACGCACAUCGUCCUCGACGAGGCCGCGCAGCUCAUGGAGCCGGAGGCGCUCGUGCCGCUCACCAUGGCCAACAAGCACACCACCGUCGUCAUGACCGGCGACCCCAAGCAGCUCGGCCCCAGGUUCCAAAACCGCUCCGUCAAGCACCACGAACUCUCUCGCAGCAUCAUGGAACGCAUGGCCACCCUCCCCGCCUACCAAAACUGCCCGCCCGACCACCACCUCCACCCCUCCUCCGCCAAGCAGCCCUUCCCCCACGAGAGGCUCCACACCGUCCACCUCGUCGAAAACUACCGCUCCCACCGACUCAUCCUGCAGUUCCCGAGCCAGCAAUUCUACGGCGGCACGCUCCGGUCCGCCGCCGACCCCUCCGUCGUCGACUCGCUCCUCGGCUGGCGCGCCCUCCCGAACCCCUCCUUCCCCAUCCUCUUCAAGUCCGUCGAGGGCGAGGACGUCCGCGAGACCGACUCGCCCUCGUUCUUCAACCACCAGGAGGUCUCCGCCGUGUCCGAACUCGUUUCCGACCUCCUCUCCAGCCACCAAGACACCCUCGACGAGGGCGACGUCGGCGUCAUCGCCCCCUUCUACAAACAAGUCCAAAAGAUCAGGCAGGCCCUCCGGCAGCGCGGCCUGCGCCGCGUCACCGUCGCCAGCAUCGAAGAAAUGCAGGGCAAGGAAUUCAAAGCCAUCUUCAUCAGCACCACUCGCGCCUCUCUCAAGCACCAGGACUACGACUUCCGUCACGGACUCGGCUUCCCCCACGAGGGCCGCUCCCUAAACACCGCCAUCACCAGAGCCGUCGCCCUGCUCGUAGUCGUCGGCGACGCCUACAUCCUCUCUCAGGACAAGUAUUGGAAGGCCCUCAUCGACUACUGCGUCGACAACAACUCCUACGUCGGCGAAGCCAUCACCCCCCAAUACUGCGAACAGCGCAAGCUCAAAGAAGCCAACAAGCUGAACGAACCCGUCGUCGUUCCGGAAAUCCCGAAAAAAAAUCCCGAACCAAAACAAAA